GGCUGCGCUGACGUCACUGGGCGCGCAAUUCGGGCUGGAGCGCUUUAAAAAACGAGCGUGCAAGCAGAGAUGCUGCUCCACACCGCUCAGGCCGCGAGCAGCAGCAAGGCUCACCGCCACUGUCGCCGCUGCAGCCAGGGCUGCUCCGAAGGCCGGCGUGGCGGCAACCGGCACCUCAGUCCCCGCCGCGCUUCUCCUCGCCGCCCACGCCGUGGGGGCAGGAACGCGGCGUCUGGCACUGCAGACGCCCGCUGAGUUGCAGAAGCCCACGGAGCGGCGCCCGGCGCGCCACGGCCCGUAGCAGUCCGGUGCUGCUCUCCGCCCGCGUCCGGCUCGUGGCCCCCUACUUCGGGCACCAUGGACACCUCCCGGCUCGGUGUGCUCCUGUCCUUGCCUGUGCUGCUGCAGCUGGCGACCGGGGGCAGCUCGCCCAGGUCUGGUGUGUUGCUGAGGGGCUGCCCCACACACUGUCAUUGCGAGCCCGACGGCAGGAUGUUGCUCAGGGUGGACUGCUCCGACCUGGGGCUCUCGGAGCUGCCUUCCAACCUCAGCGUCUUCACCUCCUACCUAGACCUCAGUAUGAACAACAUCAGUCAGCUGCUCCCGAAUCCCCUGCCCAGUCUCCGCUUCCUGGAGGAGUUACGUCUUGCGGGAAACGCUCUGACAUACAUUCCCAAGGGAGCAUUCACUGGCCUUUACAGUCUUAAAGUUCUUAUGCUGCAGAAUAAUCAGCUAAGACAGGUACCCACAGAAGCUCUGCAGAAUUUGCGAAGCCUUCAAUCCCUGCGUCUGGAUGCUAACCACAUCAGCUAUGUGCCCCCAAGCUGUUUCAGUGGCCUGCAUUCCCUGAGGCACCUGUGGCUGGAUGACAAUGCGUUAACAGAAAUCCCCGUCCAGGCUUUUAGAAGUUUAUCGGCAUUGCAAGCCAUGACCUUGGCCCUGAACAAAAUACACCACAUACCAGACUAUGCCUUUGGAAACCUCUCCAGCUUGGUAGUUCUACAUCUCCAUAACAAUAGAAUCCACUCCCUGGGAAAGAAAUGCUUUGAUGGGCUCCACAGCCUAGAGACUUUAGAUUUAAAUUACAAUAACCUUGAUGAAUUCCCCACUGCAAUUAGGACACUCUCCAACCUUAAAGAACUAGGAUUUCAUAGCAACAAUAUCAGGUCGAUACCUGAGAAAGCAUUUGUAGGCAACCCUUCUCUUAUUACAAUACAUUUCUAUGACAAUCCCAUCCAGUUUGUUGGGAGAUCUGCUUUUCAACAUUUACCUGAACUAAGAACACUGACUCUGAAUGGUGCCUCACAAAUAACUGAAUUUCCUGAUUUAACUGGAACUGCAAACCUGGAGAGUCUGACUUUAACUGGAGCACAGAUCUCAUCUCUUCCUCAAACCGUCUGCAAUCAGUUACCUAAUCUCCAAGUGCUAGAUCUGUCUUACAACCUAUUAGAAGAUUUACCCAGUUUUUCAGUCUGCCAAAAGCUUCAGAAAAUUGACCUAAGACAUAAUGAAAUCUACGAAAUUAAAGUUGACACUUUCCAGCAGUUGCUUAGCCUCCGAUCGCUGAAUUUGGCUUGGAACAAAAUUGCUAUUAUUCACCCCAAUGCAUUUUCCACUUUGCCAUCCCUAAUAAAGCUGGACCUAUCGUCCAACCUCCUGUCGUCUUUUCCUAUAACUGGGUUACAUGGUUUAACUCACUUAAAAUUAACAGGAAAUCAUGCCUUACAGAGCUUGAUAUCAUCUGAAAACUUUCCAGAACUCAAGGUUAUAGAAAUGCCUUAUGCUUACCAGUGCUGUGCAUUUGGAGUGUGUGAGAAUGCCUAUAAGAUUUCUAAUCAAUGGAAUAAAGGUGACAACAGCAGUAUGGACGACCUUCAUAAGAAAGAUGCUGGAAUGUUUCAGGUUCAAGAUGAACGUGACCUUGAAGAUUUCCUGCUUGACUUUGAGGAAGACCUGAAAGCCCUUCAUUCAGUGCAGUGUUCACCUUCCCCAGGCCCCUUCAAACCCUGUGAACACUUGCUUGAUGGCUGGCUGAUCAGAAUUGGAGUGUGGACCAUAGCAGUUCUGGCACUUACUUGUAAUGCUUUGGUGACUUCAACAGUUUUCAGAUCCCCUCUGUACAUUUCCCCCAUUAAACUGUUAAUUGGGGUCAUCGCAGCAGUGAACAUGCUCACGGGAGUCUCUAGUGCCGUGCUGGCUGGUGUGGAUGCGUUCACUUUUGGAAGCUUUGCACGACAUGGUGCCUGGUGGGAGAAUGGGGUUGGUUGCCAUGUCAUUGGUUUUUUGUCCAUUUUUGCUUCGGAAUCAUCUGUUUUUCUGCUUACUCUGGCAGCCCUGGAGCGUGGGUUCUCUGUGAAAUAUUCUGCAAAAUUUGAAACGAAAGCUCCCUUUUCUAGCCUGAAAGUAAUCAUUUUGCUCUGUGCCCUGCUGGCCUUGACCAUGGCCGCAGUUCCCCUGCUGGGUGGCAGCAAGUAUGGCACCUCCCCUCUCUGCCUGCCUUUGCCUUUUGGGGAGCCCAGCACCAUGGGCUACAUGGUCGCUCUCAUCUUGCUCAAUUCCCUUUGCUUCCUCAUGAUGACCAUUGCCUACACCAAGCUCUACUGCAAUUUGGACAAGGGAGACCUGGAGAAUAUUUGGGACUGCUCUAUGGUAAAACACAUUGCCCUGUUGCUCUUCACCAACUGCAUCCUAUACUGCCCUGUGGCUUUCUUGUCCUUCUCCUCUUUAAUAAACCUUACAUUUAUCAGUCCUGAAGUAAUUAAGUUUAUCCUUCUGGUGGUAGUCCCACUUCCUGCAUGUCUCAAUCCCCUUCUCUACAUCCUGUUCAAUCCUCACUUUAAGGAGGAUCUGGUGAGCCUGGGAAAGCAAACCUACUUCUGGACAAGAUCAAAACACCCAAGCUUGAUGUCAAUUAACUCUGAUGAUGUCGAAAAACAGUCCUGUGACUCAACUCAAGCCUUGGUAACCUUUACCAGCUCCAGCAUCACUUAUGACCUGCCUCCCAGUUCCGUGCCAUCACCAGCUUAUCCAGUGACUGAGAGCUGCCAUCUUUCCUCUGUGGCAUUUGUCCCAUGUCUCUAAUUAAUAUGUGAAGGAAAAUGUUUUCAAAGGUUGAGAACCUGAAAAUGUGAGAUUGAGUAUAUCAGAGCAGUAACUAAUAAGAAGAGCUGAGGUGAAACUCGGUUUAAAAACCAAAAAAGAAUCUCUCAGUUAGUAAGAAAAGGCUGAAAACCUAUUGAUACUUGAGAGUGAAUAUAAGUCUAAAUGCUGCUCUGUAUAAUUUGUUCAGCUAAGGGAUAGAUCGAUCACACUAUUUAAGUGAGCCCAGAUCAAAAAAGCAGAUUGCAAUUUUCUUUAGAAAAGAUUCUCCAUGAUUUGAAUUGCAUUCUCUUUGAACUCACCAAUGUAAUCAUUUUGGGAGGAGGGAGAACCCACUUGCUUUCCAAAUGGGUUUAUUUAAACCCACAAACUCAAGAGGUUGUUGGGGGAAUUAGGAAAAUAAGGGUUUUCAAUGACCUACAUUGCUAGGUAGAAGCUGUGAUCCAUGGGAUUUCAUUCUAAUGACCAUGUGAAGAUGUUUGAGUCCUCCUUUGCCUUUCCUCAGAAAGGAUCCUUCUAAGGCACAAAUCCCUUAGAUGGAUAAUGUAAGGUAUUGUUAACUCACUCAUAUUGAGAUCAUUUUUAGAGAUACCAGGUUUUAUAUAUCAGCACUAGAUGGUUCCACCUUCAUGGGAUAAAAUUGCUUACAAGUAUUUUGAAAGAAAAAUUGACCGAAAUUCUUAAAUUGUUACUAAGGCAAUCAUGCACAGGUGACAUAUGUCUUAUCUGAUUUGUUUUUAACUCCUUGGUGCCCAAAGCUCAGAAGGGAAUUCCACUGCCAGCAAUGAACAUACCUGGAAAAGAUAGUAAGCAAUCUGGGAUUUUUUUUUUUCUGGGUUAGUAAAGAAUUUUUGCAAUAAGUUUUAUCAGUUGAUUCAAACUGAUGUGCAUCUUAAUGAUCAAAUGUGCACAUGACAUAAAUUAAGUCCACUGAUACAACUUCUUACACAUGUAUCUCUAGUAGCUCUGGCAAACCCAAUAUCUGACACCACUUUGGACUCAAGAGACUCAGUAACAUAUUAUCCUGUUUAUUUAGCUUGGUUUUAGCUGUGUUCUCUCCGGAUAACCCACUUGAUGUUAGGAACAUUACUUCUCUGCUUAUUCCAUAUUAAUACUGUGUUAGGUAUUUUAAGAAGCAAGUUAUUAAAUAAGAAAAGUCAAAGUAUUAAUUCUUACCUUCUAUUAUCCUAUAUUAGCUUCAAUACAUCCAAACCAAAUGGCUGUUAGGUAGAUUUAUUUUUAUAUAAGCAUGUUUAUUUUGAUCAGAUGUUUUAACUUGGAUUUGAAAAAAUACAUUUAUGAGAUGUUUUAUAAGAUGUGUAAAUAUAGAACUGUAUUUAUUACUAUAGUAAAGGUUCAGUAACAUUAAGGACCAUGAUAAUGAUAAUAAACCUUGUACAGUGGCAUAUUCUUUGAUUUAUAUUGUGUUUCUCUGCCCAUUUUCUUUAAAUUCAUUAACUGUAUAUAUGUAAAUAUAUAGUACUUGUAAAUAGAUUCCAAAUUUGCUUUUCUAUUGGGUAAAAAAUAAAUUUGUAAUAAAAUGUGUGACUAUGAAACAAAAUAUUUUCAAGUCUAUUUAUUGAGCCCACAGGCAGAUAUAUAGUCUUCUAAAUGUUUUUAAGUUUUGGAGUAUAAGUACCUUUGCUAUUUAAGUAUUAAUAUUUGUACUUAAUAUUCUAAAUAUAUUGGACUUAUCUUAAAAAAAGCAAUCUUUCACAAAACGAAUCAAAAUAUCAUUACCAACUCCUGAAUUGUUUAUGGUUGAUAAGCCAUUUUGUCCUGACUUUUGUGAAGGUUAUGAUAGUUUGGAUUUUAUAAGCUAGAACUUUUAUUGGUCUCAAACUUCUUUUGCAAUAUAAGAAAAAACCUCACAAUUAGAAAGAAAUAUAUGAAUAACAAAUCAACCUUAAAUUAUUUAACAUGGACGUGAGUUUAAACAUGAGUUUAAAAACUCAUGUACUUGUUAAAUAAUUCAUUUGAUGAUUAUGUCAAGGCCAAAACAUGAGGACAUGCAAUUCCCAGGGCACAAAGAAACACACUGUUCCCCUUCGGUCCCCAUCCCCCAAAACAUGAGAAAUGAAAUUAUUUUUCUAGACACCUGUGCCAGACCCUACCAGCUCCAGUGGUGAUUCCUGCUCUCCUUGCAUGGAUUGCAAAAUGAAAUCAUCAAGUACUGGUAGGAGGCACAGCAUUAUUGCUAAAAUUAACAUGUUUACAGAGCACCCACAGGGCACCUGGCACUGAGUUUUCCACCUACCCAUCAGACUUAACCACAUGCCCAAACCUAAUUAACAGGCAUCAAAUGGGAUCCUCUUUUGUGCAGUCCAUGCUUGGCUUGGCUUAUCUUCAGCUGAAACAAGAGCUCACUCCUCUUACUCUCCCACCUCUUAACCCAGGCAGCAGAUAUAAAAGUCGCCUCUAGAGGAAUGCAUCUCAUUCUUUCUUUUCAAUAUACUUGCCCAAAGUCAGGAACAAGUCCUGGCAGCCCCUUUGUCUCCCGCUCAAGAAAACACAAGUUAGUAAUGUAAUUUAAAAAAAAAAAGACACUUAAAUUCACUCCAACUUAUUUCUUUAGAUAAAUCCACAGGCUUUAUUAUUUUAUUGACAAAACACUAGUUAUAAUACACCUUACACAAAACACUGCCAUCUGAUAAAUGUUCUCCACUCUAAUAUAGCAUAAUCAGAAAGAACUUGAAUUACAUCCACAAAUAAAUAAAUCUACAGUGAGAAGGGGAAAGAUGUACUGUUCAGACAUUGAACAACAGUAAAGAACAAACCAUGGAACAAAUUUGUAAAAACCAUAAACUGUGAACUAGCUUAAAGUAAGGGAGUAACAAUUUUGUUUCCAAAAACAGGUUCAUUCAUUCAACAAGUAUUCUGCACCAUUAUGUGCUGUAUUCUAUGCACUGCGGAUAACAAAACAAGGUCUGGAAUUCGCAUUCCAGCGGAGGGGAGAUAGACAAUAAACAAAUAUAAACAUGGAAAUAUCCGAUAGAAACAUAAAUGAAGGAAAUGAAGCUAUUUUAAAUAGUCUAUUGGGAAUAAUUAGUGUGGUGCUUUAGAAAUGGAGCUCCGGAAAGGCCUCUCUGGAAAGCCACCUUUUAGGCUAAGACCUUAUGCUCACAAUGGAGCUACCUUUGCUUUUGAAUUUAACCAGUUACAUCAAAAAACUCAUCAUUUCUAGUCCCUCUCUUCAUAUGUCACCUAUAACAAACUAUUUUCAGGGACAUUUUAAUAGAAAAAUAUAUUAGGUGGCCGUUACUGCACAUCAUUUUUUUUCAACUGUUACAGAAGAGAAAAUCAUUCUUAUAUGAAAUAAAAAACAUCUACUCAUUUAGUUUUGGCUAAAAAUAUAACAAUAAAGUAGUAAAAGGAAAUAAAAUUAGCAACACCUUCUUCAUUUAGAACCAGAAAAACUCUAACAUAUGAAAAAGUAACAAUGUCCUGCUUCUUUUGUUAAUCUUAUCACAUUUAGUUCAGAGGCCCAUCUGAUGAGAAAGAAGUCCUAGAUAAAUAGAUGGGAUUGCUGUGACCCUACUGGUUCCAUUCAUGCUCUUCAGUACUGGAGAUUUGAUUUUACAGUUCCACUAUGCAGAUAAAAGAGACUAUCUUCCUAAGGGCCACUAAACACUAACUAUUUUCUCUCUCAGGCCACAGAGACCCUUAACUACAAUUAGGUUAUGGUCACUUUUCCUUGCAAGUGAAGUGGGGAGGGGCUGUGUAGCCAUAUCCCCAUUUCGAUGUCCUCCUUAUGAACAUUUCUAAAGAUGUUGAACUCAGAUUCUACACUGACUCGUUCAUCUCAUACACAAGUUCCUGAAGCCUAUUGGGUAGGAUGAUAAAACUUCAGAAACGGGCAGAAAAUGCAUGUGAUAGGCUGGAGAAGCAUUAUGGAAUACAGGUUCAUACUCAUUGU